CAGACCCCAUAGACUAUCAAGCAAAGAGUCGAGACUGCUAAAGCCUAAAACCCUUGUUGUCUUGUUGGGGGCGUUGGUUGAAUGGGUUCUGAUUCAAGGGCCAUUGAGAUUGAAGUCCCUGUGUUCGUCGACACCAGCUUAGGCACCCGCAUUGCCAUAUCUGUCUCUCCUCAUCUUACAGCCGCGGAAUUUAAGAGAAAAUUUGAGAGCAUACAUUCAGAUUGCUACCCUGGAAUAGGAAAUAUUAAAGUCAAUGGAUUGAUGAUCAAGAAGAAGUCAUACUUUUAUCACUUGCCUGAAUCAAUGCCCUUAAAGCAUGCGUUCCAAGGUUCCAAAGGAACAUGGUUUUUAUACACAGAAGCAUACCCUUUAAACAAGAAAAUCCCAUCAACCCCACAAGCACAAGUAGUUGUUCAUAACGGUUUAUCAAGAAUAAAGAAAAGGGAAAAUGAACAUAAACAAGGAUCGGAUGCUUAUUCAUUUGAAUCGGUAUCAGUUUCAGUUUCGGGUAUUAUCAAGAAGUACUUUUCUGUUUAUGAUGAAGUGACUUCAGUCAACCCAAGGCCACAAGUGCCAAAGUAUGCACCAGAGACUCCUCCAACAGUGACAAGUGUUAGAAGCUUAAAGGAUCUGAGGAAAUGUAGUGGUGUUGGAAAUGGAGUGAUUCUAGCUGCAAAUAAUCUUGGGGCAUCAAGCAACAAAAAACGAGUGAUUUCUCUUUGCAAAGAUAAAUGUGAUAAGUCAUCUUCUCAUAAAUCGGGAUUAAUCAGCGAUUAA